GACCGUCACCAUGGAAUAUGAAGUCAAGAAAGGGAAGAAGGGCUUUGUGUCCCCUAUUCGAAGACUGGUGUUCCCCAAGGCUGCACGCCGGGCAGCCUUUCGGACCAGUGUGAGCCGCCGGCCCCUGCACUCAAUGCCCCUUUAUCCUCCCGACUACCUCAUUGACCCCCAGAUCCUUCUGUGUGACUACCUGGAGAAAGAGGUCAAGUUCCUGGGCCACCUCACCUGGGUGACUUCCUCACUGAACCCCUCCAGCAGGGAUGAACUCCUGCAGCUGCUGGACACCGCCAGGCAGCUAAAGGAGCUGCCGCUGAAGACAACAGCGGAGCAGGACAGCAUCUUGAGCCUGUCUGCCCGCUGCCUGCUGCUCACCUGGCGCGACAAUGAGGAGCUCAUUCUGCGCAUUCCGACGCACGAGAUCGCCGCCGCUUCCUACCUACAGGACGACGCGCUGCACCUGCUAGUGCUUAAGACCGGUCUGGGCGUGGACCCGGUGCCGGCCGGCGUGGACGCUAGCCCGGGUGGUGCGGGGCGUGACCCGGGCCCGCCGGGCGCAGCGCCCGAGAAGCGGCGGGUGGGCACCGCGGAGCGGCGCCACACCAUCUGCAGCCUGGACUGGCGGAUGGCGUGGGGCGGGGGCGCGAGCGCCGAGGCUCGGGCGGGGGGCGGCGGCGGAGGCAGCCUGGAGCGCCAGCGCGCAGGGCCGCGGGCGUCCGGCAGCUGGGAGCGGCGGCAGACGUUCAGCGGCAGCUGGGAGCGGCGACACACGGGCGGCGGCGGCGGCGCGGGCAAGCCCGGCGGCAGCUGGGAGCGGAGGCAGGCGGGCAGCGGCGGGGGCAGCUGGGAGCGGCGCCACCCAGGUCCCAACCCGCUGGACCCUCAGGACCCCAGCCCCGACGCUUACUGCAACCUUGUCAUCCUGGCUGUGGCUAACAGGGAUGCCGCCGAGGAGUCCUGUGCGCUCAUCUGUCAGGUCUUCCAGAUCAUCUAUGGAGACCAGAGCAUCGAGUGUGUGGACCGGGCUGGUUACCACUACACGUCCACACCUGACCGGCCAUGGCUCUGCAGCCGCAGUGACAGCUGCCGGACAGAUGGGACUUACGCCUACGACGCGGACUUCAGCUGCUGCAGCUCCUUCAAUGGCUCCCAGGACACAUUUGAAGCGUGUUACAGCGGCACGUCAACUCCUUCUUUCCACGGUUCCCACUGCAGUGGCAGUGACCACAGUGGCCUGAGCCUGGAGCAGUUGCAAGAUUACAUGAUCACGUUGCGGAGUAAGCUGGGGCCCCCCGAGAUCCAGCAGUUUGCACUGCUGCUGCGGGAGUACCGCCUGGGCCUGCCCAUCCAGGACUACUGUGCCGGCCUGCUGAAGCUCUACGGAGACCGUCGCAAGUUCCUCCUCCUAGGGAUGCGGCCCUUCAUCCCGGACCAGGACAUCGGUUACUUUGAGGGCUUCCUGGAGGGUGUGGGCAUCCGUGAGGGCGGCAUCCUCACCGACAGCUUCGGCCGCAUCAAGCGCAGUAUGAGCUCCACGUCAGCUUCCGCUGUGCGCAGCUACGACGGUGCAGCCCAGCGGCCCGAGGCGCAGGCCUUCCACCGGCUGCUGACCGACAUCACGCACGACAUCGAGGCUCUGGCCCCAGACGACGACGAUGACGAUGAUGAGGAAGAUGAGUCCAGGGAUGGAGGCGAUGCAGCUGAAGACAACUACCUGUGACUUCCGCCCAUGAAGAGGGAGUGCAAGGGGUGACCCCACAGCCAGCCCCUGAAUCUCCCUCACUUUUUCAUGUGGAACCCCAUCCCGGGGACCCCUAGUCACACCCUGGUCACAGGUUUCCACUGCCGGGGUUUCCAUCCCUGCCCUCGGGGCUCAGCAUCCUGCAGUACUGAUAGCUUCCUGCAGGGGGCGUGCGAAGCGGGGCCCUAAAGCACCAGAGGGUCUCCCAGGGUUCGGCAGGCGAGUCUGCUGCCAGACCCAGAGGAUGGGCAGCGGCCCUGCUUUGUCCCACUGUCCCCUGGGAGCGCGGCUCCAGGACACCCUUCCCUUCUGGGGACUUCGAAUCCCCGCAGCUUUCUGGAGGCUGAGGGAUGAAGAGUAGCUCCACCUGCUGGCCGACUGAGAAGAGACUAUCCCAUUCACUACCCGGCAACACC